AAUUAAGUGAAUGCGGUGUGUUAGAAUGUCAACUCGCCUCGGCCGUACAGCUGUAAAGAAGGAUUCAUUAACAAGAAAAUGCCCAAAAAAUUUCAAGGAGAGAACAGCAAAGCAGCUAUUGCAAGGGCUCGAAAAGCAGAUAUUGCAAUACAGGAAAAACAGAAGAAAGAUCAGAUUCAAGAAGAUGCACUUUGGGAAGAUAAUGACAAACAUAUCAAAAAGAAGACUGCAAGAAAGGAGGACCGUGAAAAGAAGCGUCAAGCAGAACUAGAAAGGAAAGCACUAAAUCGAGCUUUAGCAGAAAUUGAAGAAGUUGAAGUUAAUGUUCCUCAACCUACCCCACAAAAAGUGACACAGUUCCAGUUACAGAAAAUCAAAGAAAAACAAACGGAACAACAAUCCCGAAAAGUUGCAACAGAAGAUUCCCAAACACAUUUGGAUGUACCUCUUGUAGAGAACCUCAAUAGAACAGAUGAUGAAAUUGUGUCUGCAAGUGGUGUUGAUGCUGCAAUUGCUGCCUUGAGUGUACAAGAUGACUCUUCUGACCGUCAUCCAGAAAAGAGAAUGGUUGCUGCAUUUAAGGCCUUUGAAGCAGUGAGACUUCCACAGAUUAAGAAAGAGAAUCCUAACUCUCGGUUGUCUCAGCAGAAACAACAGUUACGGAAGGAAUGGCAGAAAAGUCCUGACAAUCCUAUUAAUAAAAGACAACUCAAUCAAUAACUCAGUCAAAUUAAUGACGACAUUACCUUGGGUUAUAGAUUGGUUGAAGAUUACUUUUCAGGUGAGUGAAGUAAAGAAUAUGCAAACAAAUACAUUAGGUGAAUAAAACACUUACCCAGCUCUCUUGAUUACAUGGAUGGUAUAUGCUCAAAAAAAAGUCUUCCUUUACAAGACUUUUCCAAAAUAUUUUUGAAACUUUUAUGUUCAAGACUGGAUCCUUGUACUGUGCCUGCAUUUUCUAUUGCCCAAGACCUAGCAAAAGUUUACAAAUCGAUAUAACUGUCACCUAAUACUAAGACUAAAAAACAUAUUCCCAGUCGUGUUGAGUCCCAAGGCUUGAACAGUCUUCUUACAAAAUGUGAAUGCAUUGUUGUAUUUAUUAGAUGUUGUCAUUCAUGAUGUUAGUCUGCCAUACCACCCUAUUUCUUUGGUUGGUCCAUUUAUGUAUUUUUCGGUGGAAUCUUGAUGGUCCAACAAUUUUUAUUCUGAAAUAUAAAAAAAUCAGCACAUUUUCAAAAUAUUGACAUAAGUUUUAGUAUCCAGAAAAAUCUGAAAUUUUGAACACCUGGUAGUAGUUCCUGGUGUUGUCUGUCACUGAGGUUGCCUAUGUACCCAGCCCACCAAACUCUUGUUUUCCAGUUGUUGGCUGUGUAGUGUUGUGUCGUGUCUAGCAAUUACAUUAAUAAAUUCAUAAUUUUUCCUUUUUCAUAAUGGUUUCUAAUAAGAGACCAAUGCCCAGUUAUGGGUGAAAUGAUGAAGAUACUGUUGUAAACUAGAAUGUUCUGGUUUGUUGUGACAGUGAUUAUUAUUUGUCCAAGGAGAAGAUAUGGGUGAAGGAUAUGCUUGCUGAUCACUUUAAUUGCUUUAUCGAGCCAGAGAGCCUCAUAACUCAACAGGUUGUUCUGAAUGUCUACAGGAUUCAUGGGAAGCUGAUAAAGGAGAGGCCCAAAUGAUAUUGCAGGAAUUGUUUUUAUACCAAUACAAAGGGACACAACUUUACCAUCCCCCCCCCCCUCUUUUAUUACUUUCCAUCUUUUUCCACCUCUCUACCUCCAUCCCUCGUUUUCCCCACACCAAUGAGGAAGUGCAGUUAUUAUAUUCUAAUGAUUUCGAUCAGUUACAGCUACAAGCCUAACCAUUAUUGCUACAUAAUUUAAUCCAUCCACUUUCUUCAUCAUCAGUACUGUAACAGUACUUUAUUUUUGGUGGGGGGGGGGGACUGUACAUAAAACAAUAUUGAUCAAUUUAGGCUGCAUUAGUCUUGGUUUCUGGACCCAUAUACACUUUUCUACUCUGAAAACUGGACAAUUCUGAGAUGUUACACCUGUUUGGCCCCAACCAUGCCAGAUUAUUGAGGCUCCACUCUUUAUGUAUUUGUGUAUUAACUUUUCUUUUUUAAUUUGCUCAGUACAGUAUUACUGUUUGCUUGAUGAUGCUUUUAGUGUCAAAUUAUUUGAUUUAUUGCCUUGAUACUAGUAUCCUUAGGAGAGUAUUGUCUGCAGCUAUUGUUUUUGUUGGAUAUUACUUAAGAGAUGAAGAUUAUAGAUUAUGUUGCUUUUUGAUUGUGGAGGAACAUAAAUGUACGCUCCAAAAAGUAUCUUUACGAUUUCGUGUGAGACAAUAUAACAUAACAGACGAAGAAUUUUGACAACUACCGAGACAACUGGAGUCUGGUGGUCAUUUUGAAAUUCAUUGGACCCCUCCGUAAAGAUACUUUUUGGAAUGAGUGUACCUCAGCCAUCAAACUUAACAGUUCAGGGACAUUUACAAGAUUAGAGGAUUACAGGAUUAUAAUCAAGUCAUUGCAGACCUUUUUGUAAAUCUGUAGAAUCUUGAUCAUAGUACUAUAUUGUGUCUGUUCCUUUGAGGUUUCACCCAGGGAUGAUAGUUUUUUUUACACCUUUUACCAUAUCCAUUCAUUGGCAAAGUUGCUAAUGAUAAUUGAUGUGUUAGUGGUCAUCCUGUCUACCUGGGAAGCAUCUCAGAACAUGGACAUUUGCUUUCAUAUUCUGCAGUGUAUCAUCAGUAAGUCUUACCCCGACUAUAGAGAAUAAGUAGUGUUUUUGCUGAAUUUUCACUCAGUUAACCUUUAAAUGGCAGCCAUCAUCAGUAGUAGAUAGCUGUAAGGAUGGCAGUGAUCAUCAAGGGAUGUUUCAUGUUCCUUGCUUUCCAUUUUUUUUUAAUAUUGGGUGUAGGAAGGAAUCCUUAAUCACCAGUCCAUGGUUAAAAAUGUAAGUUCUAGAGGGUGAGCUCAGUGAUGAUUAUUGUUAGGAUUCAUUUUUAAAGGUGAUCACUAUUUAAAUGUAAGCCACAAUAAUGUAAUGAUCAACAUAAGACUCAGAAACUGGUGGAGAAGUGUCUGUCUCUUAGAGAAUGCUGUAUAAAUACAGUGAACCCCUGCAGUUCUGCAGACUUAAUUUUAAUAUGAUACGUCCUUUUGACCAAAAACCACCUUUGUGACCCUUAACAUGGCCCAUAAAAACGUAAGGCCUAAAUAUGAUGAUGAAUUUAGAAGAAUAUGCUGUAUUAUAACAUAAACCACUGGCUUUAUCACAUACCGGUACAGCAUUUUACUGUUUAUAUUUUAAAGUGGUGGUAUAUCAGUAUCAUGUACAGUAAACCCUCGAAGAUCCGGACCUGGGAAAUCCGGAUUUUAGAAGAUCCGGACAAAAAAUUUGGGGGGGUCUGGGCUAAGAAGCCUCCUAGACGUUUACCUAAGAGCAUUCCCAAACCAGAGCAAAGAACAUUUUAGGCCCGUGGGCGCUGCUUGACCCGUCAGUUGCUUGGACACAAGUGCCCAAGGAGGUGGGAAACUUAAACAGAGUUGACAAUUGUUGUUUGUGAGAAUAUUAUUUCAUUCACUCUAGAAAUGAUACAAUGUUUCUUAUUAUGUUAUCAUAGGUAAAUGCAUGGUUUAUAUACAGUAAUUGGUUUAUCACUACAUUAGUAUACAGUACUGUAUUUUUUGGUGUUUCUUAUAUAAUUUAUUAUUCACUGGAAAAUCCGGACAGGUGGUCCCGGCUUUUAAUCCGGAUCUUUGAGGGUUCACUGCACCUCAAAAUAAAUGUACUACCCCCCUGUACUAACAUGGUACAAUAUUGAGACUUCCCAUAACAUUUAUUACAAAAGGUUACCCCAUCCUUGUAAUACUAUUCACAUUAACUUCAUACAUCCCUAAUUAUAAUAUUGCUUAUACAGUACUUGUACUUUUGCUUAUCUCUCCAAAAAGAAAAGGGUGCAGUGUUCAUUAACUCUCAAGAUUCAUCAAUUACAAAAUAUUUUACUUUGAGACAUUUCACUACAAACAAAUUCUCCAUGAUCCCAAUUUUCAACAAACAGUGAGGAAACUUGGGUUGCAGAUAACACACACGCUAUCUUUUAUGGUGUUGAGUUUAUCUAAUACAGUACAGUACUGUAAUGAAUAAUAAUAAAUUCCCUUACUACUCCACUGCUUCCCUCUGGUAACAAUGAGCUGCAUUUAAUUGAUUUUCUCUAAUAUUUGUUUUAUGUAUUUACUGUACUGUACUGAACUGUACUAUGUUUUUUUAAUGGAAUUACAAGGAUGAAAUUGAUUGCUUUGAAGUACAGUGCAUUUCCUUUUUUCAAUUAAUCUGAGGAUUUGAAGUUUUGCAUGAUAGAUAGGAAUAACCAUGAGAAACUUACAGGGUUUACUGUUCAUGCCCAGUCAUUAUUGUAGGAAGACACAGUAAAGGUGUCCUACUGUGUUUUCUUGUUAAUGGCUACAAAGUAACACAAAGCAGAUAUAACAAAUGUUCUAAGAAUAGAUUAAUACAUAUACUUGAUUAUAUUGUAUUUGGAUGAAUAUUGGUGAGUGUUUCAAAUAUAUUGUUUUCCUCCUUUAUCAAUAUGUUCAUUUAUUUGUUUUGUGAACUUAUAAUAAAGUUUAAAGGAUUGAUAAAGUUUUCAUAUUUUGCUAAAUUAAUUUCUCAUGCUAGGUUGUGUUUGGGGUUUGAUAAGAAAAAUUUGUAACAUGAUUUUAAAGUACUGUAUGUUCAUGAUCUCAGACUGUACUGCUGUGCAAUAAUUGUGACAGAUAUAUGGCCUGAAGCCUCUAAACAUAUGACUUGAUUAAUACACACUAAUCCUGGCAGGUUGUAGACUUGGGUAACAUUUGAUUAGAUUUACUCAAGGAACACUCUAAAUACUGUAUUCUUCCUUUCUCACAGUCACAACCAACAUCCUUAAAAUGGGAGAACAAGAAGCAGAGGGAGGAGAUUCCCAAGCCUUGAAAUCACUAGCAUUUGUGUACUUCCUUAGUUAUGGGUCAGCCAUCAUGGAUCUAGGAUCAGUUCUUACCUCCUUGCCAUUUCCAUUCAUGAGCAACAUGUUCAGUGUUAUAUUGAAACGCACAGUUUUAGGUGUUGUAAUGAAAGUUAAAAUUGCAAUUUACCCUUCCUUUUUUACACUAUCUUGCAAGUGCUGUUCAGCAAAGUUGACAUUUGAAUGACGGGAUCUGGAGAAGACCUUCAUUCAAAAGUAGGGGAUACUACGUAAGUGAUAUCCCUGUUAGCCGGAAUAAUUGGUGCAGAGAUCUUCCAAGGAUGAAAGCUUCUGGAUGACGAGACGAUUCUCUCAAACCUGGAAAACCCCACAUCCCUGGAAUUUCCUUUUUCUCAAUGUACCACUUUGCCUGCAGGUUUGUGGGGGAAAAUAAUUUGUCAAUGUCUGCAGUGUUGCAGAAUUCUAGGACCCAAUUUUUAAAGCAUAUUUGUACUGUAAAGUAUAAUACCAGUGGAACAUGGUUUAUGGUGGAAACCUUCAGAAAUACACCAGUAGACAAUAUAAACACUGGGAAGCACUUCCAAGAUCUGGAUGGUGAAUCCAGAAUUAAUUUUGUCUUUAUUGGUAAUGGAUUUUUUGGCUGUAAUGUAUUUGGACUUUCCAAAUACAUGGUCUAACUGUUAAUACUUUAGCCCAUCUUAUUAAUGAGGCCUCUUCUGCUAAUCUUUUCCACAGAGGUGUUCAGUAACUUGUUUUAGCUGUUUUUUCUUAAAUGUCCCUCGUGUUAAUUAGAGGUUUCUCGGUCCAUUGAGCUGGUCUAGAAUUCGAGAGAAACCUUUGUUUAGGAGUUAUGAAUAUUCUUUUAUAAAGGCAACUUUAUGCUCUUAGGAGAGGUAACAAGUUUGUUUCUUUAGGUCUUUUACUUUCCUGGUCAAUUUUUAGGCGCUGAAUCUUUUUUGUUUUAUAAUAGGCUUGAAGAGUUUCAUUUCCAGACAUAGAAACUGGAUGAGGGAUCUCAUCAUUCCCUUUCCACAGUAAUAGAUACAAAUAGAGUCGAGAAAAGUUUGACCAGUAAUCCUUAAUUCUUAACCAUUGAUCGAAAUGUCCUUUGAGGGGUUGCCUCCAGUACUAUAUACUGUAUUAUAGUGAAAUCAUUGACCUCACUCAACCUCAUGUGCAUAACCCAAGGAAAAAAGUGACUUCUUUGGUCUUCCUUUGGAGUAUAGCAAUGAAAUUCUUUCAUCAAAGAGGAGCUUGGAUAUUGGUAAACCUGUUCAUCUCCAGAUACUGUACUAAUGAGUAGAUAAGACUACUGGGCUGCUGGACUGUGUUACUGUACCGGGGAGCCUGUAAGAAUUUUCUUUUAACCUAGUUCACAGAAUAACAGGUGAGAGUCAUGCUAAUAUGUGGAACUUCAUGCCUUUCUCUUCCCUUUGUAUCAGUAGCUUGAAGUAUAUGAGUAGCCUUAUCCAAUGGAUAUUAUAAUUGAGGGAUUGAUCCUUAAAUCCCAUUUUACAGUGAAGGAUGGAUCAGACAACUCAGAUCCCUCUCUCUUCCCUUCGGGUGUUGAGGUGAGCUGGAACUGAGGAGUGUUGGAACCAUUACCCAGUUUUUAACCACAGUCAUGGGGAAAAUGUGUAUUAGUGCUGUUGGUGAGGACUCUCGGGUCUUGACCUAACUGACAAGUGAUUUAUCCAGCUACAGUAUCCCUUCAUUAGGGGCAUUGGUGAGUUAGUAGAUUGACUAUUCCAGGUACUGUAUUUGGAAUAUAUUGUAGUCCCAGUCAUGCAAGUUAGGGAUCCUAGGAACCUCAAGGUAUCUUCUGCCUGAAGACUUGUUGAUGCAGUACUUGAGUAAUCUGAUGCAUGUUUAGGAUCCAUCCCUUAUUUAACCAAGUAGAAUAAUGUUUUCCCUCCAUGUUCAUUUUUCCACUAAGUUUAAUCAGUUUAUUCCUGUGCCUUAUAUCCAGAAAAAAUUAUUUCAAAUCCAUGUCCUCAGUUUUACAAACUUUAUUCUUAGGUAGCCUUUACGUAGCUUAGGAUUUUUAGUUAGUUUCUUGGAGGUUUCUAUUUGUUUUUGUAUUAUUAGAACAUGUUCAGAUUGAAAUUUAGAGCUUCUCUGGUGUCCCUGUGUUUUCUUAUAAUUACUGCACAGUACUAGGCAAAGAACCGACAUUAGUUUGACUAAAGUUCAAGGACUUACACUGUAAAGGUCACUUUAAAAGGCAUUUCAUAAUUUUUAUUGUAAGUGAUGCCAAGUACGUAUUGUUAGAUUGUGUCUUCCAAUCGUAUUUAGCACAACUUAGUCAAAAACUAACCAGGCUUUGCGUGUUACUCGAGCCUCCUGACUGUAGGCUUAUUUAUAUAAUGGAAUUCUAGGAUCAAUCUUCCAUUUAUGUAAUGUGAAUAUACUUUUAAUCCAUAUUCCAUGUAUAAGUUGUGAAAUUAAAUGAUUUUUGUAAGCAA